CUAAAGACCAGGAGCUGAGACUAGGAGAGUGUGGUAAAGAGAAAUUGCAGUGGUUCUAAGGGGGAAAAAGAAGGGCUAACACAAGCUAAGCAGUAUGAUGGUGGGGACGGUCAUCAUGAUGAGAAUGAACCAGGACGGGCUGACUCCCCAGCAGCGGGUUGACAAGAUCUUCACCAAGAUGGACAAGGACAAGAACGACCAGAUCACUCUGGAGGAGUUCAAGGAAGCUGCCAAGAGCGACCCCUCUAUUGUCCUCCUCCUGCAGUGUGACAUGCAGAAAUAGAGGUUUCCCUGCAGACUCCAGCUGGACUGCCCAAGGCCGCGUGCCCCAGCAUACCGGUUACCGCCCUCCCUGCCACCUUGCACCCAGCCCCUGCUUCCCAGAGC